AUGGCACAAGCAACUGUAUAUAAGAGCCAGACUCUCUCCUGUUCAGUACCUCAGACUGACAUUGAGAAGGAAGAAGAGAAGAUAAUUCUGCAACAGAUUAUCAUCUUAGACAUCUGCAUCAACUUCACCAUGAAGAUGCUAGCUGUGUCUGUACUUGUUGCCAUGAUGGCUCUGACUCAUGGUGCUGACUCAGAGGUCGCUCCUGCGACAGAACCAACAGUUGAAGAACAAGAAGGAAAAUCUCUGUCUGGAUCAGGCCUAACUCAUUUGAAAGAUGAGGACGAACCUUUAAGUGGAUCAGGAGAGGAACAGGCAGUACCUGGGACAGAAUCAACCGUUGAAGAACAUGCAGAGAGUGGAAAUGGGACAGAUGGACCUACAAAUGGAAAACAUGUUGUUGUCAAGAGAGCCACAUAUUGUCCCUGUGGUUGGUCUCAGCACAGAAAUCGCUGUUUCCGCUACUUUUCGAGAACCCUGACUUGGGCUGCGGCGCAGAGAUACUGUCUGAAACUGGGUGCAAACCUAGCCUCUGUGCACAGAAGCUCUGAGGAGACUUUUAUUAGGAAAUUGACAAACUACAACCGAGCGUGGAUCGGAGGCUCUGAUGCACAAACGGAUGGUUAUUGGCUCUGGAUUGAUGGGACACGUUUCAAUUAUUCACACUGGUGUAAAGGAGAGCCAAAUAACUAUUUGGGCAAGCAGCAUUGUCUGAGAAUUAAUUGGGGAGUUUCAAAGUGCUGGGAUGACGGUUGGUGCAACUACCGUCACGGUUUUGUCUGUGCCGGAAUCCCCUGAUGACUCCUGGACAAACACAGAGGCAUGAAAUACCUGUCAAAAGCACAAACAGUGGAGGAUGUAUCUGUCUUUGUGUCAUUGGUCUCAUACAUAACCUGAAGUCUUCAUAACUCAAAUCAAACCUGAAUAUCUUUGCUAUCGCUGUAACGCUACACAAAGAAGAGACAAGUGACAUAAACAGGAGCUGCUUCUUAGGCCUUGUGCUUUUGAUAGCAGAUUGAAUGGUUAUGAAAAGAAUGGCUUUUGCACAACUUUAUUCUGCAGUGAUCUGUCUUUAUAUAAUUAAUCAUUAAUCAUUAAAAAGGCUCAAGCAUUGAAACAA